AUGCAUGCCUCAUGCCAACUUGCUAUCAAUGCCAACAUGAAGAAUACAGAUCAGCACAUUAUGUUACUUGGUUGGUCAGCAGAUGAUGACAAGAGUGAAGCUGCAGUUAUUGAUAUUGAACGGGAUAAAUGGGUUCCAAGAAUUGAACUUCAAGUGGGACUAUGCGUUGAUAAUGUUUCAAUAUAUCAAAAUGUUGGAGUACAACUUGGUGUGGAAGAAAGAACAGAGCUUUCACCAUAUUGUGUUCUUAUAUGCCUUACAUUAGAAGGAAAACUCGUCAUGUUCCAUGUUGCCAGUCUUGCAGGAAAUAAAGUUUUACCUGAGAUUGAUUCUGCUCUGCACAGUGAUGAAUAUACAUCUGUAAACCUUCCCGAGGAUAAAGGUUACACUUUUUCUCAGGGAUUGCAGAAACAGGAAUCGGAUAAGACUUUUGAGGUUAGUGGGAAUCUGGUGGCCAAGCCCUCUGACAAUCCUCAACAAAUAACAUGUACUGAUACUAAGUACACAGAAGUGAAAUUAGUGGCAAAUUCACGCAGUCUGAAGUCUAAUGUAGAUGUAGAUGCCAACCAAGAUACAGGUAAUCACAAUCCAUUUCGUCCAGGUGAACAGCAAAAUAACUUCGGUCAAAAGACUGCAGCCCUUGGAACUAGCAUUGGUUCCUUAACAGUAAACAGUCAUUCUGCUUCUCCUGGUUUGUCAAGUUAUAACAAUAUACAAGCAACUACUGAGAAGACCAGGGAGUUGUGGACAGCAAAUAGCUCAAGGGACCCGCAAAAAGCUUCUAAUCUAUUGCCUGGUGAAACAUUUUCAUUCCCAAAAAAGUCUGAUGUGUCCUCAGUUUCAGCUUCAACCUACGCUGAUGGUGUUGGUUUUCAAGAUAAAAAUUAUACCAUAGGUGCUUCAAAUUUUCCUGGCAUUGGUGGAAAACCCUUUGUCGUAAAGGAUAUGAAUAACAUAUCUCCAGCCUUCAAUUCCACCGGUAGGCUAUUUCAGACUGGGGGACAACUAUCUCCCUUAGUGUCUGGAAAUACGCAACCAGUCUUGAAUAGCAGCAGUUCACGUAUGUCAUCUGAUGGUAACACUGCAGCUAUAAAGUCUUCUAGAAAGUUCCUAUCUUCAAAUGAGCAGCAUGGAACUUCAUCUAAGCUUGGGAUAUCCAGUUCUGAUUUAUCCAAGCAGUUUGGCAAUAUUAAUGAGAUGACUAAAGAAUUGGAUCUACUUCUGAGAUCAGUAGAGGAUGCUGGUGGGUUCAAAGAUGCUUGCACAAGGUCACUGCAAAGUGCAAUUGAAGCAGUGGAGCAAGGCAUGGAUUCUCUGCUUGUAUUCUAUUUUUCAGAUCUAGGUGGUGCGAAAUCUCUUUUGCUUGGGUUCAAUCUUAGGAGCCCAAAUAGACAAGUGAGCUUAGAUGUGGAGUUAGUGCAAAAAUAUCAGAUGAGGCUCAGUCCCAUUGUGUGGAAAGUUUAUAAGAGGAGAAAGAUGAGGUGGUGUGUGAACAUGGUGGUAGGGAGUGCAAUGUGGUGGAAGGAUGUCAGAACUUGCAAGGGUGUUACUGAUCAAGUGAAGGAGAUGUGGGAAAUUGUUGUUGGUUUACAACAAAAUUUGAUCAAGAAAUCAAUCCUUAAUGUGGAAGAAAAGAGUGAAGAAUUUGAUGCUAUAUUGGAUUUUGUUUUAAGGCACGCUUUUGAAUUUCGAGUUGGUUUCGAAGUGAAACAUGAUCUAAUGCAAUUUCUGAUAAGGAUGGUGAGGGACAUUGAUGAACAAACCUCGAUUGACAUCCAAGUUCUUGGUCAUUCGGAUUUGGAUGAAAAUACACCUCUAUGCCAAGUGGAUGAACAUCAUGAAGAAGUUCAUUAUCUUCUUAACAAGACAAUUCGAGUAAUGGCAAGAAAAAUCUAUAUGGAAGGCAUCUAUAAGCAAGCUUCUGAUAGCAGAUAUUGGGAUCUAUGGAAUAGGCAAAAGUUGAAUUCCGAACUUGAGCUAAAACGACAGUAUAUAUUGAAUUUGAAUCAGGAUUUGACCAAUCAGUUAAUUGAAUUGGAGAGGCAUUUCAAUGCCCUUGAACUGAAUAAAUUCAGUCAAAAUGGUGCCCGGGACAUAGGUCAUGGACCCUCUCAAAAUAGAUGUGGACCUUCAAGGCCUAAUUUGCAGUAUAUGGAAAAGGGGAGCAAGGAAGGUGAUGCAAAAACUAAUAAUGGGUUUGAAGGCUUAGGUAAACGAAUGCAGGAAAAUGACAGAAAUUCAGCACCAUCACUAAUAAGCUCCAAAAUCCACCCUAUAAUCCAUGCUGAAAGUCCAUUCCUUAGCUCCUUGUUUAUUUGGGAGUCAGAUUUGCUCUUAGCUUCUUUUGCAUAUGGCUUAUAUGUCCAGUCAUUUCAUAGUUUACAUAGUGCAAUCAGUUCACAACUUGUAGCUGCAGAAAAUCUAUCUGAGUGCCUUUCAAAACAAAUGUCAGUAUUGAGUUUAAGGUCUCAAACUGAGGAAAGAAAGAAUGUUAAGGAGCUAUUUGAAACAAUAGGAAUUCCAUAUGAAGCAGCUUUUGUCUCUCCAGACAUGAAAUGUUUUAUGAAGACUCCUCCUAGUAAAAAGAUUUUUUCUGACUUGACGGUUAAUAAAGAUCACUCUAGGAGAGACCAAAGCAGUGCAAUGAAGAGUUGUGAACCAGAAACGGCUAGGAGGAGGAGAGACUCACUUGACCAGAGUUGGACUUGUUUUGAACCUCCUAAGACCAUCGUUAAGAGGAUGCUACUGCAAGAACUUCAGAAACUGAAUAGGAAUGAUUCAUUAUAUUCAAUGAAUAAAGAAAAAAAAGUUUCCACAUUAGAGGGACCUGCUCCUCGUUCAACAGAUGCCAGACUUCCUUCAAUUGUCUUCCCAUCUCCGAAAAUGAAAGCAAGCAUUCUGGAUUCUCAUCUUGAACAUGAAGUGGUGUCGGAGCACUCAAAGGCAUUUAUAUCUGCUGACAGCCUCCGAGUAGCCGCUCAUGUUUCGGAGUCUAUGUCUAGUGCUUUGCAAAAAAGUGAUAAUUUAUCUAUUCCCUCUCGACCUGCGUUCCAUUUGUCACCAACAAUGAUGAGUGGUCAUUCCCCAGAAACUGAAGGUUUGGCUGCUGAAAAGUCGACUGUUCAGAAGUUCGAUUUAAUCUUAAAUAGUGAAAAUAAGCCUACUCUGAAUUGGAAAAUCCCUCAAAAAUCCUCAAUCCCUACCUAUUCAACCACAGAAACACCUCCAGUGCAUAAUAAAUCCAGUGAAAUGGCCAUUGCAAAUAGUAAAAUGACUAUGGCUACGAGUUCCACAACCGUAGACAAACUUUCAAAUGCAUCUACUCCCGAUUCUCUGAGAAAUGUCUUUCCAUCCUCUGAGUCACUGGGCAUUACUUCUGCAUCGUCCACCUUCUUUGGUAAAGUUACCGACCUCCAUGUUGCUAAAAGCUUGCCCAAGGAAAAUGUUCCUGCAGUCCCCACAUUUGGUGGUUCAUUUAAAUCUCUGCUAUCUUCGACUGCUAAAACGACGUCCUCUCUACUGUCAUCAUCUGCCUCGUCUACAGCAAUGCCUCCAGUAGCAGUGUCAGUGACAUCAAACAGCUUGACUAGUUUGAACACCAAUACAGAUUCUAAUAAUGACAUGUCAUCAUCUUCAUCAUCAGCUUUUCUUCACUCAUCCAAUCAGAGACUAAAAGACACAGUGUCAUCCUUACCUGAUCCACCUUGCUUGAAUUCUGCCUUAGAGUCACUUAAGCCCGAGAUUCAACCAGUUUCUGUACUUAAAUCAGCGAUUCCACCAGCUUCGGUACUUAAACCAGAUAUUCAACAAGCUGCUUUACUCAAAUCAGAUAUUCAACCAGCUGCUGUCUCUAAUUCAAAAACUGAUUCAGAUGCUGCCGCAGAAGUAGUCACUAGACUGAACGAAGCAGUAAAUAAUGCAUCUGAAUUGAAGCUUGGAUCUUCAAUAAAAUUCAGUCCUACUAUCGAACAAUCUUCCAAAAAUAUAACAAGUUUUGAUCUCAAUGCUGGCCCAGUCUCUCAAGCUGCACGUCCUUCUGAUGCUCCUUUGCAGUUUUCAACUUCUUUCCUUUCAUCUGCCACUGUUUCAAACUCGAAAAAUGAGGGCUUGGAUGUUGGAAUCUCACAUGAGGAUGAGAUGGAGGAAGAAGCUCCUGAGACAAGUAACAACACAACUGAACUUAGAUUGGGAAGCUUCGGUGGGUUUGGGAUUAGCUCAAGCCCUAACCCAUCAAUGCCUAAGUCAAAUCCUUUUGGGGGUUCAUUUAAUAAUGUAGCAACAAGUUUAUCAAGCUCUACAGUCACAUUCUCUGUUCCUAGUGGAGAGUUGUUUAAACCAGCAUCAUUUACUUUCUCAAAUCCUCAGUCAUCUGCACCAACCCAGCCAACAAAUUCAGGUGCAUUUUCGGGCGGCUUCAAUUCUGUGGCAGCUGUUCCCACACAAGGUCCUAGUGGGUUUGGGAAUCCAGCACAAAUUGGAUCAGGGCAACAGGUUCUUGGAUCAGUACUCGGUGGUUUUGGACAAUCAAGACAACUUGGUAGUGGUUUACCUGGAAAUGGUUUUGCUGCUCCCAGUAGUUAUGGUGGUGGAUAUGGCGGCAGUAGUUCUACUAGUGGUUUUGCAAACACUGCCAUUGGUGGAGGGUUUGCUGGCAUAGCAUCAACAGGUGGAGGCUUUGCUGGUGUUGCAUCCGCUGGUAGUGGAUUUUCUGGUGGUGGAUUUGCCGGUGCUGGUGCCCCUGGUGGGGGUUUUGGUGGUGGUGGUGGUGCUGCCCCUGGUGUUGGUUUCGGUGCUGCUGCUGCUGGUGCCCCUGGUGUUGGUUUCGGUGCUGUUUCUUCUUCUGGAGGAUUUGCUGGAGCUGGUUCAGGUGGGGGUUUUGGAGCAUUUAGCAGCCAAGGGAAUGGUAGAUUUGGUGCAGUUGGCGACAGUAAACCACCUGAGCUCUUCACACAGAUGAGAAAGUAG